GGUUUUUGGGGUUUCGCGAUCUCUCGGCUUUUGUGUGGUUGACUGCUGUGUGUAUGAAUAAUGGUGGUGCGUGAGUCGAACAGAAAAAUCUGGCGAAAAAGAAAACUAAAUUGUUAAUUGUUAAUUGUGUUCAAUCAGCCUGACUGCUUGCCUGCCUGCCUGCCUGACAACGAUCGAUAGUUUAAUUUUUCCUGCUGCUGUUGUUAGAGUGACUUUGUGUAUGAAUGUGUGUGGCCAUAAUCGAAAUCGAGCCCGAACAUGCUUUAAUUGACAUUUUCGCUUUUGUUUUUGUUUCGUGUGUGGAUCAGAAAAAAAAGAAAGAAAAUCUUAUCCAAAACAACAACAUUGAUUGAUUUAUUGAUUUCGAAGAAUAUUCUAUUGUCAUUUUGAUUUUUUACAUCACUGAAUUUUAUUACUUAAAGUACAAAUGCGUCAAUCAAACAAUAAUCUGGAAUCUACCACCACCACAACUGAAAUGGGAACCGAAUUACAAUACUCAAAUUCAGAAAUUCAUAAUGGUCAAAAUGGAUCGGCAACGAAUAAUACCACCGCAACUAAUACCAGUACCGGUUCAACAAAACCAAUAAUCGAACGUGGUGCAUCAUGGGCAUUUGGUGAAACAAAAUUAUUAUUAGCACUUUGGAGCCAGGAUAUGGUACAACGACAAUUAACCAAUUCAAAACGUACAAGACAUGUAUGGGAAAAAAUUGCCGAACGUAUUCGUGAACAUGGUUAUGAUCGUACUGCUGAUCAAGUACGAACACGUGUAUUCAAUAUGAUUGCCGAAUAUCGUCGGAUAAUGAAAAAUCCAACACCUGAACGACGAAAAAAAUGUAUAUUUUUCGAUGCAAUACAUCGAAUUUAUCAGGCAAAAGAUACAAAUAGUCUGGAAAAUGUUAUAUUAACAAUGGGCUAUAUGAUGGAUAAUCAAUCGGGAAAUAUUUGUAGUAUUACAAAUGAUCAAUAUAAUUUUGAUCCAUUAGAUUUUAGUAAUAUUGGUGGUAAUGGUGGUGGUGGUGAUAGUAUUGAUCAAGCUGAUGGUGAUGGUUCAAAUGGUGAUGAUCAAAAUAAUAAUAGUGGUUCCGAUUCUGAUGAACGUAAUAAUGAAUUAUUAGUAUUUCCAUUAUCACCAAAUUCAUAUGUAGCAGCUAAUGAUGUUGAUGAUGAUACCAAUUUUAAUUAUGAUGAAUCAACAUUUGUACCUCAUUCAAAAAGAUUUCGUUCAAAUCCAGAUACUACUAAUGGUCAACAUCAUUAUCCAACAACAAAUAACCAUCAUCAUCAUAAUCAGAAUAAUCAACAGCAUAAUAAUCAUUAUAAUAAUCCUCAUUUAUCAUCAUCAAUGCCAUUGGAUCAAUCAGCAUCAGCAUUAUUAAUUGAUCGAAUGUUUUCACAUCUUUCGAAAGAAACUGAAGUAAUGCGUGAAUGGGUAAAUUUGGAACGUGAAAGAUUAGCACAAGAAGUUGCUCGUCGUAAAGAGGAAAAAGAUCGUGAAGAACGUCGUGAAAAAAUAUUUUUAGAUGUUUUAAAUAAAUUACAGGAACGUAUAUUUAGUGUACUUAAACAUCAUGAACAACAAUCAACAAUGAAACAAUCAAGGGAUCAGGAAAAAUCUCAAUCAAAUGAACCAACACAAACACCUACUUCAUCCUCAUCAUCAACGUCUUCAUCAUCCAAUAAUCAGACUGAUAAAUAAAACAAAAACAAAACAAAUGAUGUAAUGCGACAUUG